UUGAGGGAAGGAGGAUUGGGUACAGUUCUGAAGAAGGGUCACUGGACCCGAAACGUUAACUCUGCUGUCAAACCGGCUGUGCUUUGCCGGCAGUUUCUGUUUUUACGCAAGUUUUGGGAGACUUUGUCAGUUUCACUUAAACAGAUAUUGACUCGUCCCCCCACCCUUUGCGUAAACAUUGUAUCAAACUCCAGGUUGUAACAGGGAAAUGUCGUUUCUUUUAAUUUCAGAGAUCAACUACUUCGUUUAUACCAAUAUCAUCAUGCCAACAAUAUUCGUUCUAAUCGCUAUGUUGGGGAUAAUCGGCAACACUAUUGUCAUUUUCAUGGUGAUCAAGAACUUUAAGUUCAAGUCUAGAAGCAGCAGAGUUCCGGAUGUCUUCUUCAUCAGUUUGUCUGUGGUUGACCUGCUGUUUCUGAUGGGAAUGCCGUUUGUCAUCCCUGAGUUACUCGGGAACAGAGGUUGGUAUUUUGGGCGCAGAAUGUGCACCGUCAUCUCGGUGAUGGACACCAACACCCAGUUCUGCAGCACCUACAUCCUCACAGCUAUGACUAUUGACCGGUACUUGGCCAUUGUCUACCCAUUGACCUCGGCUCGCUUCCGCAAGCCCUCCGUCGCCACCCUGACGGUCUGCUGUCUCUGCCUCCUCUCCUUUCUGAGUGUGACCCCGGUUUGGAUGUACGCUAGGCUCCUGCGGCAACCCGGGGGGGUCUCGGGCUGCGUUAUCCGCUUCCCCAACCCCAAGACCGAUAUCUACUGGUUCACCCUUUACCAGUUCUUCCUGGCGUUCGCUAUUCCUUUCACCGCCAUCUCAGUGGCUUACAGAAAAAUCCUGUUGAAGAUGAGAUCUCCCAGCUCUCUCCUCUCGCAGGAAAGAGCUAGACUGCGGGCCAGGAGAGUGGCUCGAAUCGCCAGCACCAUCUGCCUGGCUUUCCUCCUCUGCUGGGCACCUUUUUACCUGCUGCAGUUGGUGGAGUUGGCGCCAGCCGAGCCCACCUUCAUGUUCUACUACGCCUAUGUGGCUGCGGUCGGCUUGGGCUAUGCUAGCAGCUGCCUCAAUCCUUUCAUCUACAUUAUCCUGUGCAACAAUUUUAGGAAAAGCUUCAUCGUCUCCGUGCGGCCCUCCUCCGAAUCUCAGGAGGUCCACAGGGCGGUGGCUUGGAUCGGGAAAGAUGCGGCACACCAACAAGAUCAGGACCACGGACAGCGACAACCGAGUCUCCUCUCUCCCAGAUUGUGUUGCGCCAUAGUCGUCAUCCUCCCAUAA